CUGGAACUUCCAAUUAUGCCGCAUCAUAGUUGAACUUGUGCAUCAGAAAUCCCCCAAGACAUGGCCUGGCCAGACCCGCGUAUAGGCAGAAUGAUGCGACAACAAAGAUUUAAUAUGGUGGGCAGCCAAGGCCCAGCACAUGGGUAGUCUACUCAGUGCUCGUCAAAGCGCAUGGUCUGCUUGGACGCAAGAGCCAUCCAAGCGUGCAUCCAAGCGUUUACCCCGCCCUGAUGUCGUGAGGGACCAAAGCGUUGGUCUAUUGCGAUACUUAAAGCGUCCAGACUGCAUUGGUUUCAGUACCACAGAAGAAUAAAUCGCCCAUCGCUCACCAGUAUCCCACUCCCAUCUGAUCCUGGAGAUGGCAUCCCUCUUAUCUACAGAUAGUUCUGCACCCAGUUUGUCAUCGAUAUCCCCUGACAUAGAUGAAGUGCUCGCCGGUGUCCGGUAUAUCAUGGAGAUCUCUGUGGCCGCACAAGACGCAAAACUCCUAGACAUCAUUUCUAUUCUGACCACUCAAGCCGAGAAAGUCAAGGAAAGAGAUCAAUCGAUCAUCAUCAUGCAGUCGAAGCUAGACUCACAGCAAGCCAUCAUGGAGGAGAUUCGUUCGGAACAGCGACAGCUAAUAUCAGCUGUCGCAUCCUUCAUGGAAAGCAACGCGCAAGAUGCCUCAGCGGUACUUACUCCGCCUGUAAUCCUGGGAACGCCAGAGCCUGUGACACCCGCUGUGAACCCAGAAAGAUCGCCAAGCGCUAUCUCAGUGCCGGAGUUGCCUUCCUCUCAGGCAACUCCCACACCCGCAUUUCACCCUUCAUCAUACCGUAACAGCAUUCCUGUCGCGCACGCCAGCUUGAGGACUGCCACCGCUGAUGACCGAUGGAGGGCUCCGAAGCGCUACAUCAAAACGCAACGGGGUGGCCAAAUCCGGCGCCAGGGUGCUUUCUACGGUACUCCCGACUGGAGCACUAUGACAGCAAUUUCCGGUGAUGUACCUGAUUGUGGUGUACCUCCUCCCUCUCCCCCGGCGGGCCCCCAGAUCCAAGAAGAAGUCAUCUCCACAGCGGGGAAUUCUCGCGCAGAUGUACACACACCGGUGGAAGUUACGCGGGAGAUAGACGCUGCUGCCGACGCCGUGAAGGCUGCAGUAAGGAACGAAGGUAAUAGGGCCUCUGAUGCCUCUUCCAUGGGCCGUAACUCCUGCAAGCGUUGCCGAGAUCCUGACGAGCAGGAGGCACGCAAGACUGCAAAUCGUAUGAACAUAUCUAGCAUCGUUCAUACUACGCCCGAUGGGUCUUCUCCCUCCAUUUCGUUUUCUUUCUGUUCCACUAGGCCUGGUCCUGAUCGGAGCGGUGGCUCUGACUGUGAUGGCCCCCCGAAGCGCAGACGUGUGUCUCAAGAUGUCAUUGAUUUUGAUGCGGUUUCCGACACGAAACGCCCGAUCCGCAGGAGUUCGCGCCGUGCGAUACCCCGUUGAUACCGUUUUUUCACCUUACAUAUUACCUCUUGUGUAUCAUAUCUACCUUUAUUACUAUCCGCCAAAGACCCAGGGAUGAGCGCUUGAGCGGUCUGGUUGGUUGUACUUUUUAUAUAUAUCACGUCGACAUUAAUGAACGCUUUCUAA